AUGAAUAAAUCAUCCGAAGCAUCUACAAAGAAAGUCGCUUGUUUUGAACCACGAGAACAAGUGAUGGAUACGCAAAAAAAAAAUGGUACAGAUGAUCUUGAUAAAUUGGCUCCAGAAGAUAUGACAUCAAAGGAAUAUUAUCUUGAUUCAACAGCUCAUUUUGCUGUUCAUGAAGAGUUAUUGAAAGAUGAAAUUCGUACAAAAACAUUUCGCAAUGCAAUUAUUAAUAAUCGGCAUUUAUUUAAAGAUAAAAUAGUAUUGGAUAUUGGUUGUGGUGUUGGAAUAUUUAGUUUGUUUGCUGCUAAAGCCGGCGCAAAGAUGGUUAUUGCUGUGGAAAAAUCGAAUGUAAUUGAAUAUGCAAAAAAAAUUAUCCGUGCAAAUCGAUAUGAUAAAGUUAUCAAAGUUAUUAAAGGUAAAAUAGAAGAUAUUGAAUUACCUGAAGGAGUUCAACAAGUUGAUGUUAUUAUUGCUGAAUGGAUGGGUUAUUCAUUAUAUUAUGAUUCAAUUAUUCAAAGUGUCAUUUAUGCAAGAAAUAAAUAUCUAAAACCUGGUGGUGUUAUUUUUCCGGAUCGUGUAACAAUGUAUAUGGUUGGUAUUGAAGAUCGUGAUUAUAAAGAAGAUAAAGUAGAAUGGUGGUCAAAUGUUUAUGGUUAUAACAUGAGUUGUUUAAAGAAUUAUGUCAUGCGCGAACCAUUAGUUGAUACAGUUGAUAAACGUCAAAUUUGUACGGAUCAUUUUCCUCUUAAAACAAUUGAUCUGAAAACAAUGACUGUUGAUGAUAUAAAUAUCGAUUCAAAAUUUCGACUUUGUGCUUUACGUGAUGAUUAUAUACAUGCAUUUGUUACUUAUUUUGUCGCAGAAUUUACUGCAUGUUCACAAAGGACAGUAAUUAAUACCGCACCCGGCGCUGGUUAUACGCAUUGGAAACAAACAGUAUUCUAUUUUCCUGAUUACACAACAAUAAAACGUGAUGAAGUUUUAGAAGGCACAUUUAAUUGCAAAGUUAAUCUGGAAAAUACGAAAAAACUUGAAUUUGGUAUUGAUUUUGAAUUUAAUGGUCAACUAUCAUCUUUACAAAUAUCUAUUGUUUUUGCUGCUGAAGAAAAAUUCAAAAUUGUAUGUUACUUUGCAAAUUGGGCUGUAAAACGUCCCGGUGGAGGUUCAAUGACUCCUGAAGAUAUUGAUCCUUGUCUAUGUACACAUGUUAUAUAUGCUUUUUCUGAAAUGGAUAAUAAUCAAUUAACACCAAUGGAAAAACAUGAUUUAAAAGAUGGUAAUCAACCAGGCUUUUUUGAACGAUUUAAUGCUUGGAAAAGUGUUAAUAAAAAUUUAAAAACUUUACUUGCUGUUGGUGGUUGGGAUAUGGGAAUGAAAGAUUUUGCAGGUAUUGUUAAAUCGGAAAAGACAAUGAAAAAAUUUGCUGAAGCAGCAGUAAAAUAUUUACGUAAACAUAAAUUUGAUGGUCUUGAUCUUGAUUUUGAGUAUCCGGGUGUUGAUUGGAGAGAUAGCCCAAAAGAAGAUAAACAAAGAUUUACAAAAAUGUGUGAAAUUUUAUAUGCAACAUUUGAAAAAGAAGCAGAAACUUCUGGCAAUGAACGUCUUCUUCUAACUACCGCUGUAGCAGCAGCUAAAGUGAAUAUUGAUAAAGCAUAUGAAGUCGAUAAACUUGUUCCAGUAAUGGAUUGGUUUAAUUUGAUGACUUAUGAUUUUCAUGGAUCAUGGGAUCAAAAUCGUGCACAUCAUUCAUCACUUAAUAGUAAAGAUGAUGAAAAAGAUGAUACAAUGUAUAUUGAUUUUGCUGUAAAAUAUUUUCAAAAAUUGGGUAUGCCAUCCAAUAAAAUGAUGUUAGGUAUAGGAACAUAUGGACGUGGUGAUACACCAGCAAUGCCUUAUACAGGAUUUAAAGGUGAAAGUGGUUUUGUUGCAUAUUAUGAAAGUUGUGUUCAAAUUGUUUGUGAAAAAAUGAAAGAAACAUGGGAUGCAAAACAACUGGUUCCAUAUAUAGCUGGACCGUAUAAUCAACCAAAAGCUGGUGUAGAAAAUGUUCGAAGUAUGAAAUAUAAAGCAAAUUAUAUUAAAAAAAAUAAUUUGGGUGGUGCUAUGAUUUGGACACUUGAUAUGGAUGAUUUUCGUGGACAAUUUUGUUGUCAAGGAAAAUUUCCUUUAAUAAAAACAAUUAAAGCUGUUUUACAUGGACAACUUAAAUUGUUACCAAAAGAAAAAAUUUGUUCAACUUGUCCAACAAAAGAAUAUAAAAGUGAGAAAUAUAUUUCUAUGAAUAAAAAUAUCAUGUUUAUUUUAUUAGAUUUUAAACCCGAAACUCAACCACAAACAACUGAAAAAACAACAAAAAAACCAAAAAAAUCUAAACGUGAUGCAGAUACACCAUCACCUCAAGAUGUAUGUGAAGAAUUAAAAGAUGGUCAAUGGCCUGAUCCGUCAGAUUGCAAGAGUUAUUAUUUAUGUCGUGGUGUAGGCAGUCAGUGGGGUGAACAAAAACGUGAAGUGUGCUAUACUGGCGCUUAUUUUGACCCAAAUGAGAAAACAUGUAAAUGGGUUGGCAUGGAUAAGCUUAAUUGUGAAGAACUUGUCGAAGGUUAUGAAAAUCCCGUAGCUGGUGUUACUCGAUCAGCCGAUGAAGCAGAAGAUGAUGAUGAUGGUGGAGAUGAUGAUGAUACUUCAACGGAUGCAGGUGCAUCAUCAAAAAAGAAAAAAACUAAAGCACCAUCGAGUAAAUCGAUAUCAAUAUUAAGUCGAACAACGUCUGAAUUUGAUACAUGUACAGCAGAAAAACCAGUUGAAUUCGAUCCUGUACAAGAUAAAAAAUAUUUCAUUGAAAAGAGUUUUAUUUCUAAUGGCGAUAUGGAUACAACAUCAUUGAUUAUUAUUAUAUGUGUACUUAUUCCAGCUUUACUAGCUAUCAGUAUUUGUAUGAUUAUAUUCUAUUCAAAUUGUAAUAGAGAUCGAAAAUUUCAUCGUCAAAGAAACUUAUCCUUUGUUUGUCAUCAUUCACAUGAACGAGUUCCUCAAGAUAAUUAUAUAAUUGAUUACCCACGUACUUCUCAUCGCUAUCAACAACAAUAUCGUUUACAUGAAUCUCUGCCUGCAUUUGAAGAAUCGUCACCAUCAUAUGACAUUUCUGUUAAUCAAAUACGAAGACAAAAAUUACCAAUAUUUACAUCUAUUCGUACAACACCAAUAACAACGAAUGUUCAACAAUCGUCACCUACUAUGACGUCAUCUAUACAUUCAACAAUGCCACCUUCUUAUGCUGAAAUUUUUUUAACACCUUAUACAUUAACAAAUCGAUGA